UGGUUGCAGGAUGAGUUUGACAAACUCAGGCCCCUCUGCUACACCAACAUGGACAUCUUUCUUCUGUGCUUCAGUGUGGUGAGCCCCUCAUCCUUCCAGAACGUCAGUGAGAAGUGGGUGCCCGAGAUCCGACGCCACUGUCCCAAAGCCCCCAUCGUCCUCGUUGGAACUCAGUCGGAUCUCAGAGAAGACGUCAAAGUCCUCAUUGAGCUGGACAAAUGCAAAGAGAAGCCGGUCCCUGAAGAGGCAGCUAAGCUGUGCGCCGAGGAGAUCAAAGCCGCCUCCUACGUCGAGUGUUCGGCCUUGACUCAGAAAAACCUCAAAGAGGUCUUUGACGCGGCCAUUGUCGCCGGCAUUCAGUACUCAGACACUCAGCAACAGCCAAAGAAGCGCAAAAGCAGGACUCCUGACAAAAUGAAAAACCUCUCCAAGUCCUGGUGGAAAAAGUACUGCUGUGUCGUAUGAUGUUGGCAAGAAACCCGGAAAAGGCAGUUUUUAGAUGAAGCCGAUAUUAGAAGCUAUAUUAGCUGACGUGACUCCUUUUAUUGUGUAGAACCUGGAGAGGAAACGCGUGUGUAUGCGUGUAACAGGUGGAGCUCUCAGUUUACGUAUUCUUUCUUGCCUUCGACGUUUUUGUUUGUUUCAGCUUAGGGACCAGCCAGUUUGCAAGAUAUUUCUGAAGGGAGUUGAGCAAUGUUCCUAACUCUGGAAAAGUAGAGCUCCGAGACCUCGGGAUUAAUUUAUAGCUAAUAUGAAAGAGACCCGCUCGGAUGUGGGUGCCAAGGAUGCGACUUGGCCGCGUUAUGAUGCGCAGAAGGACCAACGGCAAAAUGGUGUGGUCGACCCUCCCUUGAUUAAGGGCUACUCGAUGCAAGGACGUUCCGUACGCGGGCCGGCCAGGGAGCACCCGUCAGAAUUGCGUUUCAACGUCCACACUUACAUUGUCCCGCCUGCAGGGAAGUGAACAUUCUUGAAGGGCCUGCAGCAAAUGUUUGUAGGAGACAAAAUGACCUUUAUUUCCCUUAAGUCAGCCAAAAUGUGUACACACACACGCACACGCACACGCGCACGUACGUACGGCUAUAUUUGCUGCUGAUUCAGACUUUUAAACGGUUAAUGGGAAAAAGCACGGCCACGAAGAAACAGAUAUGAGGGAAGCUCAGGUUCCUGCUUUUGUGACUUUUUUGAACAGCUCUCUUUUUGAUGAUACCCUACUCAGAGAUGGGAUUUUAACUACGUCCCGACGCAUCUUUGAGGCCACCUGAAAACCAAACGUGAACAACUCUUGAAACCUGUUUUAAAAUGGGUGUCUCUUGAAACCCGUUACGACAACCAGUGAAGUCCACAGAUGCCUUUCAGGGACCUGGCAGCAGGGCCCGGCGCUGUGUGUCACCGGGCUCGUGGGGCUGGUCUGCUGCGGCCGGCCGGGGGGCGGUGGG